CAAACCUGAAGCUGGCAGUCGCUACGGUGAAACAAAGAGUGACGAUGGUGGAGAAUGCAUGUGCUGACGUUUCCUCUCUUCGCAAAGAACUCGCCGCUGCUCGAAUGCAACUGAACGAAAUAGAGAGCGGUGCAGUUGCUACUGAUUUAAUAAUCAACGGUGUACCGCAAGCGGCUGAUGAGAACUUGGCAGAAGUAUUAACCAAAAUUUGCAGCGCAGCUCAGCACAAACCGCCACCGCUGCGAGAUAUUUUCCGGCUUCGUAGCAAAGAGAAGCAAAACAACAAACAUGCGCCCGUCGUUGUGAAGCUGAUCUCAUCGCAUGACCGCAGCCAGCUUCUGAGAUCUGUUGCGAUGUUCUGCAAAGCAAAAAAGAGGUCUCUAUCGCUCUCUGACAUCAAUAUGCACGGCUAUAGACAGCUCUACCUUCACGAAAGCCUUCCGAAAAAUUUGCGCGCGGUAGGCCGUGGUUAUGCCACCAAUG